AUGGCCACAUUCUGUGUUCUCGUCUCACCUCUGCCCUACGCUGUCAAGAAGCGCCUCUUCCGGUUCCUCUCCGAAAGUCCUGUUGUCGCCAAGAUCGCGUAUGGACUCAAGAUAUCGUUCAUAUUCGUCGGCAUCCUCUUCAUCGACGCAGUCCAGCGCAUGUUGCGCGUCACAGCCGAGACUGAACAAGCCAAGACGGGCGGCCAGGGCAUGCAGGACAUCCGCACAGAGACAAACUACGCCGCGCGCAAGUUCUACGCACAGCGUAACACCUACCUCACCGGCUUCUGCCUCUUCCUCUCUCUCGUCCUCACCCGCACGUUUUACAUCAUCCUCGACCUCAUCCACACCCAGGAGGAAUACGCAAAACUCAAGAGCCAGAACGCCAUCUCCUCCGCCGACCAGAACAAGGAGAUCGCCGACCUCAAGAAGAGGCUCGCAUCCGCCGAAGCCAAGGAGCGCGACUUCGAGACUCUUAAGAAGCAGAGCAAGCAGCAGGCCGCCGAGUACGACCGCCUCGCUACCGAGCUUAACAAGGCCAACGGGUCGGUGUCCGACAAGAAGAAGGACUAA